GUUCAGGUUCCUUAAGUGAUAUAGUACAACGCCAAGGAACUAAGAGACAUGUAGAAGUUGGCACUGUUUGCAAAGAUACCGGGACAACUCCAACUGCAAAACCUGAUACUAUUCAUCAACGACGUAUCCAAAAAAUAGCUCAACCAGCUCGCAAGAAAAGUUCAGAUGAAAGUAAACUAAUACAAGUAAUGAUAGAAUUCGAGAGAAGAUACAAUGAAAGGCUUUUAAUUAUUGGAGAACGAGAAAAGAAGGCUCAAGAACGGGAGGAUUCUGUCGCACAGUCGAUGAAUCGCUUUUUAAUGGCCUUUGCUGUACUGGCUGAAAGCCAAAUCGCCAAAGAAACACCUUUACUGGGUAUGCCAGGUACUUCAAAAGCUGAUCUCAGUCGAUCCAAUGCUUCAAAGUUGCCAUUCUCCACUCCACAUGAUUCUUCUCAUACGAAGUUAUGUACCUCGAAUUUUACGAGCACACUUUCAAAACAAUAUUUUAACUCCGCACAGACUAGUCAAUUUGACGAGCCUUUUAACCUGAGCAGAAAACACACUCCAGAUUGUUCACGUUUUAUUAAGAAAGAGUCUGUUGAAAAUUAUCCUAGUAAAGUCAAGCGAAACACAGUACCUUUUGUCCGUGCAAUACCAUCUGCUGCCAUUAGUACACCCCAGAGUGAUGAUAUCGAAGUACGCUCUGAAAGUCCUAUCGAGGAUCACAUGUGUACAGAAUGGCUACAUCAGGAUGAAGAUUUUGAUACUGAUGGACCAACAAAUGAUUUUUCUGUUAGUAUUGGUUCAGAAGACUUACCAGAUGAUUUUCCAGAACUCUCCAUUGAAGAAGAAUUUCCAGCAAUUAGUUUUUCUCAACCUAAAGAUUAUUUGACUUCUUCUCGCUGCAAGGGUGAAAAGGCUGUCAAAAAAAGUCAGUCAGAUGAAAACUUUCCAUCAACUCAAUAGUUGAAUCAAUAGGAUACUCACCGAACAAGCCUGCAAAUAUCAAUUUUCAUUCCAAAGUAUUGAAAAAACCGUUGGUCAACAAACAGGGUGAGAAUUAUAUUUACAUCAAUCCAUGGGAUGGAUCCUAAGUCAUUUUUCUACAUACACUGGUCAUAUUUUGCCAACCAAUGUGUAUCACUACUUUUAAUGCGCUGCUACUACUUACUUACCUUUUCAAGACUGAUAACUUGUUUCUAGUUUGUAGAUAUUCAUAAGAAUAUCCGUGAUGUUUGCUAAUGUGUACAUUUUAUUAUGAAUUCGUCUGUCGAUGGAGAUGCAGUGUACUCAGCUCUCAAUGAUUGCUCGUAUUCAUUUUCUUUUUCAAUACUGUAUAUAAUACUAUUAUAUUAGUCAUAUCUUUUACGUACUCAUUAUUUAGCUUUUAUUUACCAUUCUAAGUGGAAUAGCUUAGGUAUACUACUGAUACUUUACCACAGAAUGAAAAAGGUUCUUUUGAGAUUAGUGCAACUUAACCUAUGCAGUAUUACAAAGAGUAAGAUUUAUAAAACUACUUUACCGAUGAAGGUUUUUUACAUAAGGAGCAGUAAAAGAUAUAAUUUUUUUAGAAAAUAAAAAAUUUAUUAAUGAGUUGUA